UCGUCGACGCCGUUGUCGUCGACGUCGCUGUUGUUGUUGUCCCGUCGUCGUGGCUUCCACUUUAACUAAAUAAAACAAAUUAAGCGCUCGCGCAACGUCAACGUGUAUAAAAAAAGAGAAAAGAGGAAAAUCGAAAUAAAAAGGAGACGCCAAUAACAGAAAAGCAUUCUAGGCGCAUGCACAAACCUCUGAACGGGGGCAACUAACGCAAUUUUGUAUUUACAACGCAUUCACUGUAUUCAGACCUUAGACCAUGGCCAGUGAACAGGCACCCAUUGAUGUAGCUGGAGCGGCAGCGGCUGCUGCUGCCACCGGAGAUGAGCCCUUUCUGGGAUUGCUGGAUGUGGCAUUGCUGGCGGUGCUGAUCGGCGGUGCGGCCUUUUACUUUCUGCGCAGCCGCAAGAAGGAGGAGGAGCCCGUGCGCAGCUAUUCCAUACAGCCGACUACAGUCAGCACCACCACGGCCACGGAUAAUUCGUUUAUUAAGAAACUGAAAACCUCCGGCCGCAGUUUGGUUGUCUUCUAUGGCUCACAGACGGGCACGGGCGAGGAGUUCGCCGGCCGUUUGGCCAAAGAGGGUAUUCGCUAUCGACUCAAGGGCAUGGUUGCUGAUCCCGAGGAAUGCGACAUGGAGGAGCUGCUGCAGCUGAAGGACAUUGAUAACUCAUUGGCCGUCUUCUGCUUGGCCACCUACGGCGAGGGUGAUCCCACGGACAAUGCCAUGGAAUUCUACGAGUGGAUCACCAAUGGCGAUGUCGAUCUAACGGGCCUUAAUUAUGCGGUAUUUGGGCUGGGCAACAAGACCUACGAGCACUACAACAAGGUGGCCAUCUAUGUGGACAAGCGCCUGGAGGAGCUGGGCGCCAAUCGUGUCUUCGAGCUGGGCCUGGGCGACGACGAUGCCAACAUUGAGGAUGACUUUAUCACAUGGAAGGAUCGUUUCUGGCCCGCUGUCUGCGAUCACUUUGGCAUUGAGGGCAGCGGCGAGGAGGUGCUGAUACGCCAGUACCGCCUGCUCGAGCAGCCCGAUGUCCUGCCGGAUCGUAUUUAUACCGGCGAAAUUGCGCGUCUGCAUUCCAUGCAGAAUCAGCGUCCACCGUUCGAUGCCAAGAAUCCAUUCCUCGCUCCCAUCCGUGUCAACCGGGAACUGCACAAGGGCGGCGGCCGGUCGUGCAUGCACAUUGAGCUGAACAUUGAGGGCUCGAAGAUGCGCUACGAUGCCGGCGAUCAUGUGGCCAUGUAUCCCAUCAACGACAAGUCGCUGGUGGAGAAACUGGGACAGUUGUGCAAUGCUGACCUGGAUACGGUGUUCUCAUUGAUCAAUACCGAUACGGAUAGCAGCAAGAAGCAUCCGUUCCCCUGCCCAACCACCUAUCGUACGGCUCUGACGCACUAUUUGGAAAUCACUGCUAUUCCACGCACUCACAUACUGAAGGAGUUGGCCGAGUACUGCACGGAUGAGGCCGACAAGGAGUUUCUGCGCAGCAUGGCCUCGCUGGCGCCGGAGGGCAAGGAGAAGUAUCAGAGUUGGAUACAGAAUGCCUGUCGCAAUGUGGUGCACAUACUGGAGGACAUCAAGUCGUGCAAGCCACCCUUGGAUCAUGUCUGUGAGCUGCUGCCACGCCUGCAGCCGCGCUACUAUUCCAUUUCGUCGUCGGCCAAGCUAUAUCCCACGGAUGUGCAUGUGACCGCUGUGCUGGUCGAAUACAAGACGCCCACGGGUCGCAUCAACAAGGGCGUGGCCACCACAUACCUGAAGAACAAACAGCCGGCGGCUGGCGAGGAGGUCAAGGUGCCGGUGUUCAUACGCAAAUCGCAAUUCCGACUGCCCACAAAACCGGAGACGCCGAUCAUUAUGGUUGGUCCGGGCACUGGACUGGCACCGUUCCGUGGCUUCAUCCAGGAGCGUCAGUAUUUGCGAGAUGAGGGCAAAACGGUUGGCCAAUCGGUGCUGUACUUCGGCUGCCGCAAGAGCACCGAGGACUACAUCUACGAGUCCGAGCUGACCGAAUGGGUCAAUAAGGGCACGCUCACCCUGAAGACGGCGUUCUCGCGUGACCAGGAAAAGAAGGUUUAUGUGCAGCAUUUGCUGGAACAGGAUGCCGAUCUGAUAUGGGACAUCAUUGGCGAAAAGAAGGGACAUUUCUAUAUUUGCGGUGAUGCCAAGAACAUGGCUGUGGAUGUUAGAAAUAUUCUAACGAAAAUCUUGUCCACCAAGGGCAACAUGAGCGAGGCGGAUGCUGUGCAGUAUCUGAAGAAAAUGGAGGCUCAGAAACGCUAUUCGGCCGAUGUCUGGAGCUAAUCGGUGCGCGCAUUAUUCAAACGUUCUCUCUAUCCCUCUGCAUGAGUCAAACAAAUAAUGAAAGCAAUGAAAACAACAACAAGAUGAAAAUUAUAAAGAACAACUAGAAGCCACACGUUUACAUAAGAGUAAAGUCGUUUUAGAUAAUAAGCCUAACUAAAUAAAUUAAUUAUACAAAUCGGUUUGGGAACUUCAGCUUCGGUUCAACAAACAAACGUUUAAGUAGCGUUUAUAUCUAAUUCUAGUGUUAAUUUGAUUGCUUAUAUGAAUAUAUAUACAUUAUUAUGUAUGUAUCUUUAUA